UUCAAUUAAGGAAUUUUCAACAAGAUUUUCUCAGUUCAAAGAAUUAUCAGAAACGGUCAAGUUUAUUAUGUACCCAGAUGUAACGACCUUUCAUACACUGAACUUCUCCCAGUUCGAUUGGUUGGAAAUUGAAGAUUUUGAAAUGCAGCUGAUUGAUUUCCAAUCUAGUUCAAUUUGGAUACAAAAGUUCAUAGACAUGAGAAAAGAAUUAGAGUUAAUUGAAACAGAAAGAUUGACCAGUAAAGAUGCCAAUAAUAAAAUUUUAGAAACCUGGAAUGCGUUGCCAGAAACAUUUAAUUGUUUAAAGAAGCUGGCUCACGCUAUUCUAACUGUAUUUUCAUCAACAUAUGCCUGCGAGUCAUUGUUUUCAGAGAUGAAUAACAUCAAAGACUCUGUUAGAAAUAGACUGACUGAUGAAUCAAGUUCAGCAUGCAUUCUGCUAAAAGUAACAUCGUACAACCCCAAUAUAAGUCAAUUAUCGUCCAAUCUGCAACAACAGAAGUCGCACUAAUUUUUAAUUGCUCUUGUAAUUGUAUUUUUGGUAAAUAUAGAGCUUUGAGUUGA